UAGCUGCCUUAGGAUUUUUCAAAUAAUCUUUACAUAUAUAUCAGCAAUCGAUGGCUGGAUUGCCCUGUAAGCUUAUUGCCCAGGUAGCUUUUAAGGCUGGGGGCGACGUGUUUCAUCACCUCAUGGCCAAGAGGCCUUAUCACUUGGCCAAUGUCACCCCUGGAAAAAUCCAGGCUUGUGAUUUGCAUCAGGGCGACUAUGGAACUGAUGGCUCCGUCGUCCAGUGGAAGUACACUCUUGAUGGGAAAGAGCAAACCGCAAAACAACUAAUUCAUGAUAUAGACGAGACAAAAAAGCAAGUCGCUUACAAGAUGCUCGAAGGCGAUCUGCUGGAGUUGUACAAGAACAUGAUCAUAACCAUCCACGUCGAGACCAAAGGUGGAGUCGAUUUCAUCACUUGGACCAUAGACUACAAGCUGAUCAAUCCCGAUAAUCCACACCCAAUCUCACUCUUAAACUUCGUGAUCGAAUUCACUAAAGAUAUCGAGGCUCAUAUCUUCGGAGAGGAGAGAGGUUAUGGUGACCAGUACACAACACGAAAAUGCUAUAUAGAGUCUGUAAAGGAGAGCAGCAGGAAGAACAUGGAGAUAGAUCCCCAUCAACGCAACAGACUUGAACUUACAUCCCCUGUUCCUUACGCUACAUGGUUAUUUAGAAAGACAUUAAAGUCAAACCCAGAUAAGAUACAUGCCAUCAAGAAGAUGAAGGUACUGAGGAAGGUCAAUGAUUUCAUCUGGGAUGAGACCUGUCAGCAAGCCUUCCAAGACUUGAAGGCUUACUUGGCUAAAUUACCUUUGCUCGGAACCUUUCCAAAAGAACCAUGUCCAAGUGCUAGCAGAAUUCAUUCUCAAGCAAUGUUUGCUGAAAAAGAUGAAAGAAAAUGGUUUCUCCAAGUAGAUGUCUCCGCCACACAUGAGGGCAAUGCGAUGUUUUUACAUAUAUAUCAACAAGCAAUGGCUGGAUUGCCCUGUAAACUAAUUGCCCAGGUAGCUUUCAAGGCUGGGGGCGAUGUGUUUCAUCAACUCUUAGGUAAGAAGCCUGGACACUUGGCCAUUGUCACCCCUGGAAAAAUCCAGGCUUGUGAUCUGCAUCACGGCACCUAUGGGACUGAUGGCGCAGUCAUUCAGUGGAAGUACACUCUUGAUGGGAAAGAACAAACUGCAAAACAACUACUUCAUGACAUAGACGAGACCAAAAAGCAAAUCUCAUUUAAGAUGCUUGAAGGUGAUCUGCUAGAGUUGUACAAGAACAUGGUCAUAACCUUCCACGUCGAGACCAAAGGUGGAGUCGAUUUCAUCACUUGGACCAUAAGCUACGAGCUUAUCAAUCUCGAUAAUCCACACCCGCUUUCUCUAUUGAACUUCUUCAUCGAGUUCACUAAAGAAAUCGAGGCUCAUAUCUUCGGAUAAGGCCGAUAAAUAUUUGGGGUCCAAAUUCACCAAGCAAUCGAUAUAUAUUUAGUAUUGUUGUUCUGUAUAUCUAUCUAAACGUAAUAAAGAAGAAAAUGAGACAUAAUAAAAUCAGCAUCCAUAGGCUUGCUGGUGCCACAAAUAAGGAAUGUGUACUUGUUUGUGAUUGAAUGUUAGUACCUAUUCUUCUACUCUAGUUAAGUGUGAAUCAAUAUAUGUAAUGUGGAUUUGAGCUACUUUUUCAGUAGAUUAUAUUGUUCAAAGGUUUUAA